AUGCCUCACGCCAAUAAACUGCCCGAAGUGGAGCACUUCGUGCCGGUCAAGCCUACUACGGAGAAGCUCGAUUAUGCCGAAGUCGUCAACCUUGACUUCUCGACCUGGGACCAAGGCCCAAAGGCCAUCCAGGCGCUGGCCAAACAGUUGAACUUUGCCAUGCGGACGCAAGGGUUCUUCCUGAUCGAGAACCAUGGGUUUCCAUCGAAGAGAUCGACCGACAGAAGGGCAGCUACCAGGGCUUCAAGCUGGCGCAACUACUGGACAAUCGAUCAGGGCGUCAAAGACCAGAUUGAGCAGUACAACUGGAACCGCGACCUCAGCCUCCGCGAGCACCCGUCAACGUUCCAACCCUUUGGGCCUGAGCUACCGGCCAACUUCUUCAUCGAAAAUCACAACUACGAGACGUUCGACGAGUCGUGGUUUCGUUAUAUGAUGUACUUCCACGACUAUAACCCGAGCGACAUAGAGAAGACGGGCGGCGUAUGGCUCAAAGGCCACUGCGACUUCGGCUCCGUGACCAUGCUGUUCAGCCAGCCUAUGGCCUCGCUCCAGCCCAUGAACCACUUCACGGGUAAGUGGCGCUGGGUGCCCUACAAGCCCGGUGCUAUCGUCAUCAACGCCGACGAGAUGAUGGAGUGGUGGGCUGGCGGCUACUACAAGGCCACCAUCCACCGCGUCUGCCAGCCCCCAGCGGACCAGCGUACCCAGAACCGCUGUGGCUUGUUCUACUUCGUCGUCCCCAACGAAGAGACUAAGGUCAACACACUGCUGGAAGAGUCGCCUGUCCUGCGUGCCGCCGGCGUUGAGAGGCGCUUCGAGCCCGGAACCGAACCCACCUCUGCCAUGUACCGCGGUGCUAGAAUCGGUGCUUAUGGCACAUCCAGCCUCUUCCAGGGAAAAGGCAGUGGCGUUGUUAUACACAGAUUAAGAGUGGAUCUAUCUGCUUGA